GAGCUAGCGUACGACCGCAAUCGCAACCACCUCGGGCCAAGAAGCAACGCGCGCUGCGAUUGGUCGCCGCGAGACACAGCACCAUCUCAUUUUCCGCCCGGUGAUUUAUUUUGGUCUGUUCGUGAGUUAGGGCCCCCACAAAUCACAUAUCCCGAGCUAGGGUCAUGUAGUUAGGAUAGUCUUUCGAUCAUAUAUCCAAGCGGCCAUGAAUUCCUACUUUGCGGCCUCUUUCUUGCCGCAAUAUUCGCCUGAGAGUCAUUACGUCCCCAAUGGCUACGGCUCUUCUGCCACAGCGGCUGGAAACUAUGGACUCUACUCGUGCCGGUUCUCAGAACAUCUCGGAGGAUACCACCACCAGGGUCCGGCGUCUUCUGGCGGCUAUGGAGGAGUCGUCUGCGCUGGAGCAUCUUCUGGUCACUCUCCCAGCGGAGUGUCCGGCCUUCCAGACACGGGCCCGUCACCCUACUCACCCUACCACUCGGCCAGCGCCUCCACCGCUCAAAAAUCAGCGGCUACUGCAGGUGGGGUUCCGAUCCACUCGCCGUAUGGCCCCGGGGUGAGCCCUCUAGGCGCCCACCACCACCACCACCCCCACCACCACAGCGGUUUAGGGUCCCCUAACGACCUGACGGGUCCUGGUGGCUACCCCAUCACACCCGCUCAUGCCCACGGCGCUUCGUCGUUGCAUCAUCCUGGAGCUCCGCCGCCCCUAGCCCACGAUAAGUAUCAUAAUAACAACAACAAUAAUAAUAAUACAAAUAAUAACAAUACCAGCAGUAAUAAACACAGCUCGCCGUCGUCAUCGUCCUCCUCGCCCUACGCCCAUCAUCAUCACCACCACCCUCAUCUUCCGUCGGCCGCGUCUCUAUCUCACCAUGGAAACAGCAGUAGCAGCAACAGCAACAGCAGCAAUGCUGUCAGCAACAGCAACAACAACAACAGCACCCACAGUGGCUUGGACAGCCCGGAUACACCACCCCUCCUGGGUCACCCUCAUCACCACCACACACUCCUCACCUCCAGCCACCACCACAACCAUCACAACCAACAACAACAACAACAACCACCAGGAAGCCAACAACAACAGCAAGGCUACCAGCCCCUGGACUGGCCCGGCCACCCGUCCAGUCACAUCUCCACACCCUCCCCCUCCCGGAGUCAACACAGCCCGUUCGGGAGUCCAGGAGACCCCAACGGUAUCAGUGCUUGUUCGCUAAGCCCUAAGGCUGGUAGUGACGAUUUGAACCCGGGACAACCGGGAGGCCAGCCAAACAACAGUCAGUCCUCUAACCCAUCACCGGAGAAUCCUGCUCCCUUUUACCCUUGGAUGGGGAUUGUCG